UUGGGAAACGUGCCCAAGUUGGAAAGAACGAAAGACAAAAGCUUCACGUUUUCUCUCUCUCUCUCUCUCUCUAUCAUCGUCGUCCGUCUGUUUCUGUUGUCGUAGCGAUUUCAAUUCUAAGAAGAAGAACAGAACCGAAGAAUAUCCAAAACGAACAGUCCUCUCACCAAACCCAUCUUCAAAGUUUUCUUCCUUUCUAUUAUUGAUCGUCGCGAGAUUCAUCACCCUUACCCGAUUGGGAAACUUCUUGUUUUUUUUACUCAUCGCGCAUCAUCCUUACCAACCCGGUUUACCGAUCUAAACCUGCGAUCGAUUGAACUCGACGGCUCCCAUUUCACGAACGGAAUUAGCAGUUUUCAUCAAUUUGAAUGGCCGCUUACGCGAAUUAUCUACGGUUGGCACGACUUGGAACCGGUUCAGGUGUAAAUUUCUCGACUCUCAGAUCAAUCGGUUCUCCGAACAACCCGACAGUAGACAGGACUCUCUUCGAGAUUCGUUCAUCAUCUCCUCUGUACAGACAAUCCAACUCCAGAUUCAUAUCUCAACUUGUCAAAACCAAUGGGAAACGUUUGUAUCUCGUCGACACACUCGCUUUGGUAAGGAGCUUGGAAGCGCAAGGGUUGCCUUCAAAGCAAGCAGAGGCAAUAACAGGUGCUAUAACUGAAGUUCUGAAUGAUAGCUUAGGAGUUGUUUCUCAGUUGGUUGUUUCCAAGGGUGAGAUGCAGAAAGCUGAAAUGACACAGGAGUCUAACUUAUCCAAGUUCAAAAGUGAAAUUAACAGUUCACUGGACCACCAUUUCUCUUUGCUGCAACACGAGAAUGAGAAACUCCGCAAUGACAUAGAACGUAUCCGCACUGAUUUAAGGCACGAGAUUGACAAAGUCACAGCAGGACAGCGGUUGGACCUGAAUCUUGAAAAAGGGAGGAUAAGAGAUGAGCUAACGAAUCAAAACGCCGAAACCUCUAACCUUACGAACAUACUUGACCGUGAGAUUCACACUUUGAGAGCUCAGUUGGAAGCGGCCAAGUACGAGGUGAUCAAGUAUUGUAUCGGUACACUUGUCUCCAUCUCAGCCGUUGGCCUAGCUGUCCUCCGGAUCGUCAUGUGACUCUCCAUCGUUGACCAACAUCAUCAUCUUUGCUGUUUUUUUUUCUGUUCCGGAUGAUUAUUUUGGUCUGCUCUCUACAUGACUACAUCUUGUGAUUUAUUCGUAUGUUUAAUGUAAUUUGAUUUCGUAUA